AUGACCGCGUCGCUUCGCCCGCAGCCCUCGCGCGCCCCGGCCGCAGGCCGCACGGCCAGGGCCCGGGCGCGCGGGAGCACCAAGCAGGUGCAGUCCUCGGCAGUGCAGCGGGCGGCGCGGCCGCGUCCGAGGCCUCUCCGCCUCGACGCUGUCGCCGAGGGCGGGAGCGUCCAGGACUGGCUCGACGCCGGGUGCGACGGCUUCAAGGGCAUGCGGACGGUGAGGCCGCAGGCCUGGGGCAUCCAGGACACCGUGGACGGUCUCCACGACGCGGGCGCGCUCGGGGAGGACGGCGCCGUGCAGGCGGACGUCCCCCUCGGCGCGGCCCGCGGCGACGGGGGGCGCACGGCCCUGGCCGCCGCCUUCCGGGCCGCCGCCGCGCAGCUGCUCGCCCCCCUCGCCGGCUCCGGCCUCCCCGCCGGCCUCCUGGAGCGCGUGCGGCGGGACGCGGAGGAGGUGGGCGUGGCCGUCGCGGAGAUGAUCCCCACAGCGGACAAGGUGUCUCUCAAGUUGGAGCUCAUCAGAGAGAACGUCUGCUUGCGGUGGCACCAGGACAACUACGUCGCACGGGCCAUCGUGUCCUACAAUUGCCGUGGCACGGAGUACGUCCACGACGACCAUGUGGACUUCUGGGAGCUCGACAACUGUGGCAACAACGACUGCGUUGUCCGAGACCCAGCUGCGGUGUGUCAGGCUGGCGUGGGCGACAUCUUGCUCAUGAAGGGGAAGCUGUUCCCUGGCGCGGUCAAUGGCCUGGUGCAUAGGUCACCAGGCUACGAGUAUCACCCCAGUGGGGUGGUGAAGGCGAGACUUGUUCUGAAGAUCGACGUCAGGAGAGCCAUGUCGUGA